UACGGCCUCUGGGGCGUGCUGCCCGUCGGGCCCUACAAGUCGAAGCGCACCGCGCCCGCCGAGGCCGUCGUCCCGGGGCGGAUCUGGACCUUCGACCAAAAGUUCGGCAUCCUCAACGUGCAGGUGCCGAGCCGCAUGGUCGUCGUCAAGCUCUCGGAGAAGUCCGGCGGCGGCCUCUUCGUCUACAACCCCAUCGCGGCGACGCGGGAAUUGGUCAGUAUGGUCCGCGACCUGGAAAAGCAGCACGGCCCGGUCCGCCACGUCGUCCUCGGCACGGUGGCCAUCGAGCACAAGACCUACUGCGGCGUCUUCGCGUCCAAGUUCCCCAAGGCGACGGUCUGGGUCCAGCCGGGCCAGUACGCCGUGCCCGUGAACCUGCCGAACCCGCUGCUCGGGUUCCCCCUCGGCCGGACGAAGACGCUGCCGGCGUCCGCGGAAGAAACACCCUGGGUCGCGGACCUGGACAUGAAGACGCUGGGCCCCUUCAUCUCGCGCGACGGCGCCUUCGGCGAGACGGCCUUCCUCCACCGGGCGUCGAAGACGCUCCUCGUGACGGACACGGUCGUCCGGGUCUCGGAGGAGAUCCCGCCCAUCUUCCUCCUCGACGACGAGGCGAAGAGGCCCCUGCUCUACCACGCGCGCGACACGAUCCUCCAGCCCGUCGACAAGAACAACGUCGACGAGCUCAGACGCGGCUGGCGCCGCGUGCAGCUCUUCGGGUUGUACUUCAUGCCGGCGGCCAUCGCGGUCCACUCCGUGAACCAGGCCGUCGAGGAGCGGCGGCCGGACGUGAACCCGGACUUCGCGGGCAUCUACCCCUGGGACUGGGUCGGCGACGACGGGCGGGCCUUCGCGGCGCUCAGAGGCUCGCGGAAGGACGGGCUGCUCGUGGCCCCGAUCCUCCAGACGCUCAUCCUGAACCGGAACCCCGUGGAGACCCUGGACUGGGCCGACGCCGUGGCGACGUGGGACUUCAAGCGCGUCAUCCCCGCGCACCUGAAGAACGACGUAGCGGCCGACGGCGCCGCGUUCCGCCGCGCGUUCGGCUUCCUCGAGGAG